CCCGCGAGGCGCUUGGAAGCUCCCGGGCUGGCGGCUUAGUCUCUCGCCUGCGCGCGGCGGCUUCGGGUGGGAUCCGCGCCUUCGCCAGCAUUUCCAGGCCAGCAGCUGCGGAGAAGAGGAGGAGAGCGCGGCUGAGGCGGCGAAGGCGUGGUAGCAGCAGCGGCUGCGGCGACCCGAGGGGCUUGGCUCCGGAGAUAGUGGGAAGGCGGAGAAGCCAUUAGGGGGGAGCGAGAACUUUUGUUUCGGAGCAGCCCGGCGGCGGCGGCGGCGGACCAAGGAUCCACUCUGAGGCGCCCCCUGCCCGAGUCCCGUCUGCUUGGCUCUCGUCGUGCUCGCAGCCGCAGGCGAAAUUUCUGGUCCGCAGGCGAAAUUUCGCCGCCUCGGUCCCGCGAUGCUGCGGGCGGCCGUCCCGGCUCUGGCGCGGACUGAGUGAAAGGCAGCGGCCGCAGGAAGAGAGGAGCGAGGGAUUUGCCGAGACUCGAGGGGAAGGGCUGGUCCCGGCCGCUUUCGACGCCCAGCCUUUGGUUGCUGCUGCCGCGCCCUGGAGAUGGUGCCUGCUCCGGGAUUAGCCUAAAAGUCCUCUCUCUCUCUCGCCUUUUCAGCUACGAUCGCCGGCAGAUCUAGCUUGGGACGCGCAGCGAAGUCGCUCGCCCGUCCUUCCCACCUCGAGGAAGAUCUCUGCCUGUAAGCGCCGCAAUUACAAAUUGUGCCGCGCGAAACUCUGCCAGGUGUUCCCCACCCACCCAGCUACCCUCGCUCUGAAAGAAGAACCGGGCGGAUAAUAUGUCAACCCCGAGCAGAUUCAAGAAGGACAAGGAGAUCGUGGCCGAAUAUGAAAGUCAAGUGAAAGAGAUCCGAGCUCAGCUAAUAGAACAACAGAAAUGUCUGGAGCAGCAGACGGAGAUGAGGGUGCAACUUCUUCAAGACUUGCAAGAUUUCUUUCGCAAAAAAGCGGAAAUAGAGACUGAAUAUUCUCGCAAUUUAGAAAAAUUAGCAGAAAGAUUCAUGGCGAAAACAAGAAGUACUAAGGACCAUCAACAAUACAAGAAAGACCAGAAUCUGCUGUCUCCAGUAAAUUGCUGGUAUUUACUCCUCAACCAAGUGAGACGGGAAAGCAGAGAUCAUGCAACCUUGAGUGACAUCUACCUGAACAACGUCAUCAUGCGAUUUAUGCAGAUAAGUGAAGAUUCCACAAGGAUGUUCAAGAAGAGCAAAGAGAUUGCAUUCCAGCUUCAUGAGGAUUUAAUGAGGGUUCUUAAUGAGCUUUAUACGGUCAUGAAAACUUACCAUAUGUAUCAUACAGAAAGCAUCAGUGCAGAAUGCAAACUAAAGGAAGCUGAAAAACAGGAAGAGAAGCAAAUUGGGAGGUCGGGAGAUCCUGUUUUUCACAUUCGGCUAGAGGACAGACACCAGAGACGCAGCUCUGUGAAGAAAAUUGAAAAGAUGAAGGAAAAACGUCAAGCAAAAUAUUCUGAAAACAAGCUGAAAUCCAUUAAAGCCAGAAAUGAAUAUCUGCUUACCCUUGAAGCAACAAAUGGCACUGUGUUCAAGUAUUACAUUCAUGACCUUUCAGAUCUGAUUGAUUGUUGCGAUCUUGGAUAUCAUGCAAGCCUGAACAGAGCCUUAAGAACAUAUCUCUCUGCAGAGUAUAACCUUGAAACCUCUCGACAUGAGGGUCUUGACAUCAUCGAAAAUGCUGUUGACAAUUUGGAACCACGAAGUGACAAGCAGAGGUUCAUGGAGAUGUAUCCGACAGCCUUUUGCCCUCCAAUGAGAUUUGAGUUCCAGCCCCAUAUGGGUGAUGAGGUUUCUCAGGUCAGUGUGCAGCAGCCAGUCCAAGGGGAACUCAUGCUUAGGUACCAGCAGCUUCAGUCACGACUGGCCACAUUGAAAAUUGAAAAUGAGGAGGUUAAGAAGACGACAGAAGCUACUUCACAGACAAUACAAGAUAUGGUCACCAUUGAGGAUUACGACGUUUCUGAAUGUUUCCAGCACAGUCGUUCAACAGAGUCUGUGAAGUCAACAGUUUCUGAGACCUACUUGAGCAAGCCUAGCAUUGCGAAGAGAAGAGCGAACCAGCAGGAGACGGAACAGUUCUAUUUCAUGAAAUUCAGAGAGUAUCUGGAGGGAAGUAAUCUCAUCACAAAGCUCCAAGCAAAGCAUGAUUUACUGCAGCGAACACUUGGAGAAGGUCAUAGAGCAGAAUAUAUGACUACAAGCCGAGGUCGAAGGAACUCCCACACAAGGCAUCAGGACUCCGGGAAAGUAAUCCCCCUCAUUGUAGAAAGCUGCAUCCGAUUUAUCAACUUGUAUGGUCUCCAGCACCAGGGCAUUUUCAGAGUAUCUGGCUCCCAGGUGGAAGUCAAUGAUAUUAAAAAUUCAUUUGAGAGAGGUGAAAAUCCUUUGGCAGAUGAUCAAAGUAACCAUGACAUUAACUCAGUUGCUGGAGUACUGAAGCUCUAUUUCCGAGGGCUGGAGAACCCUGUCUUUCCUAAGGAAAGAUUUAAUGAUCUUAUUUCUUGUGUCAGAAUAGAAAAUCUCUAUGAGAGAGCUCUUCACAUACGAAAACUCCUCCUGACUUUGCCCAGAUCAGUCCUUAUAGUGCUAAGAUAUCUUUUUGCUUUUCUCAAUCACCUUUCGCAGUACAGCGAUGAAAAUAUGAUGGAUCCAUAUAACCUGGCCAUUUGUUUUGGACCAACAUUGAUGCCUGUUCCAGACAUUCAAGAGCAAGUGUCGUGUCAGGCUCACGUGAAUGAAAUAAUCAAAACUAUCAUCAUUCACCACGAAAUCAUUUUUCCAGAUUCUAAGGAGCUGGAUGGCCCCGUUUAUGAGAAAUGUAUGGCUGGUGAUGAAUACUGUGAUAGUCCUUAUAGUGAACAUGGUACUUUAGAAGAAGUGGACCUAGAUGCUGGUACAGGACCACACACCAGUGAGGAUGAAUGUGAACCAAUAGAAGCUAUUGCCAAGUUUGACUAUGUUGGAAGAUCUGCACGAGAGCUGUCUUUUAAAAAAGGGGCCUCCCUGCUCUUAUAUCAUAGAGCUUCUGAUGACUGGUGGGAAGGAAGACACAAUGGAAUUGACGGCCUUGUACCUCACCAAUACAUAGUGGUUCAAGAUAUGGAUGAUACAUUUUCAGACACACUGAGCCAGAAAGCAGAUAGUGAAGCCAGCAGUGGACCAGUAACAGAGGACAAGUCCUCCUCUAAGGAUAUGAACUCUCCCACAGAUCGUCAACCCGAAAUAUAUUCCGGAAGGCAACGCAAGAGACCUGAACUCUCGCUUCCCGGGAGACGCCCUGGCAGAACCAGCGAUGGACACUGUCCAGUUCAUCAACCGCACAGCCUUGCCAAUUCAUCGCUGGAGUUGGGUUCCCCCAGUAUGACAAGCCACAGCGCUUCUCGUGUUGCCCUUCAAAACCGCAGCCUCAAUACAGAUAGCCCAGAAAGGAGACGAAGGCCUGGUCAUGGCAGCCUCACCAAUAUUAGUAGGCAUGAAUCCCUGAAGAAAAUUGACAGUCCACCUAUUAGAAGAUCAACAUCAUCUGGCCAAUACCCAGUUUUCAAUGAUCACAAACCACUUGACCCAGAGGCAAUUGCUCAGGAUAUUGAAGAAACAAUGAACACGGCUCUGAAUGAACUCCGGGAACUAGAACGUCAAAGCUCUGCAAAACAUGCCCCAGAUGUAGUGCUGGAUACCUUGGAACAAAUGAAAAAUUCCCCCUCCAGCACCGCCUCCACAGAAUCCCUGAGCCCUCUUCACAGUGUCCUCUUAAGAAGCACCGAGCCUCAGAUUCGGCGCAGCGCCAGCUCUUCCAGUGAUACUAUGAGUACCUUCAAGCCCAUGGUAGCACCCAGGAUGGGGGUGCAACUGAAACCGCCUGCCCUUAGGCCAAAGCCCAUCAUUCUUCCAAAAACAAACCCAGCCGUGGGCCCUUCCUCUCCUUCCCAAGGUCCAGCAGACAAGUCUUGCACAAUGUGAAAACCAAGCAGUUUGUGUGACAAGCAUGGAGUGAACUACCAAAAGGAUGGAGCACUGAUAAAUGUCUUGUGUUCCAUCACACCAUUCGUUUCUUAUUUAUAACGGGAGAGGUUUUGUUUCGUUUUUUUAAAAAAAUGUUUUAGUAUAAUGUCUCCAAGCUACCUACAUUAACAUGGGUCCAAUUUUUAAACUGGACAGUUCAGUGUGCGUCGUUUUAAAACAACAGGAACACGUGCUUUUACUUGAAAACUCCACAUUGCACCUUUUAUAAUAAAAGCAUCACAGGUCACAGCCAGCAUCCCGUGAGGUUCAAUAAGUUACACUUACUCUAGUUUUUAGACUUAUGAGUGGUCAUUUGUAAGGGACUAAUUAAUGGAUUUGUUUACUUGUAAUUGGCUGCAGUAUAGUUCAAUUUUUUAUAUGGACUAAAAGUUUGUAUCUUGAGAAUUAUUAAGAAGUGAAUCAGGAAAGACAUUUCCUUCAAAAUACUUUGUGUGUGUGUGUGUGUGUGUGUGUUGGUAGGGUUAGUACUGCAUAUGGAGAAUGUAUUUGCAUCUCACACCGACGUAGAUGGCAGCUCUCUAAAUCAAAGUUAAAGCCUGUUGUCAGAAAUGCUAUAUAGAAUAGUUUCUAAUGGUUGCACUCAGGCUUGCUGCACUGCAAUAAAGGUAGAUUUUUAGCCACCAGUUCUUUCAGAUAACUGUUCACACAAACAAAUCACUACAAAAAAACGUUUACAUUCCUAUGAGCCGAUGGUUUAGAUGUCUCUGCAGAUACUUAGCUAAUCAAUGAUUUGUAACAAAACAUUCCUAGAAAACCUACACUUUAAAGCUGCUAUAUCCUUCUGAAACACAUUGGCCUGCACAUCACAGUAAGACGUGGCUUAUUGCUUUCUGUGAACAAGUCCUAGAGGUGGAAGAAACAAACCACGAGGCUUGACUCGAGCAAGUCUUUGCAAGAAACAAACCAUGAGUGGUAAGCCAGGAACAAGCAGUAGCUAGCUCUUGCAAUUUGUUUGUAGCUUGCCACUAGUGGUUUGUUUGCAAGAAACAAACCAGUGUGGGUUCGUAAGACAAAGCCAGGUUUUGUGGUUUGUUACUCCUGGCUCCAAGAAGAGUAGGACAGAUUGAACAGCAUGCACUGGUUCAUAGUAAGCCAUGGUUUUAUUGCUCCUUGUGGCAUGUGAAAGGGGCUACUGUAUACAAAAGAGAAUGCUGUUUCUCAAGUGUAUUUAUUCAGGUGAAUUUUGAUUUCUAAACUGGAAUAACUCCUUUUGAGACGAGAGGUUGUUCACAGGGCAAAGAUCUUAUUUUCUACUCUAGAAUCUGAACAAAAUGUAUCAGAACCACUUUUUUCCCAAAAUUAACGUCAUUACUUUUUUCAUGUGUGUUUAUGUGUGAGUGAAGCUAUCAACCUGCAUAGUGCUUCAUCUUUGUUGUUACUGUUACAUAUGAUCUAUGUUUGUGUUUUGCACAAACUUAACAGUAAGCUAUAUCAUUUCUGUGAAUGUUUAUAAAAGGUCACCACCUCACUCCACAGGAGAAUUUAUCGUAGAAAGAAUUACCUAAGGGCAUCAUAGCUACUACCAUUGUUGUUUGGGGCUGAUUUACUCCCAUUGCAGUUUGUUUACUAAUUAUAUUUAGCUGAAUGGGAUUGCCAAAUCACAUGUAGCAUGGACAUGGCAAAGACGUAAGUAGCUUUGCAAAGAAGUUGCCCACAUGAACAUCUGUGAGCCAGCCCUGCACGCACAUCUCUGUUAGUUAUUUGUGCCCUAAAAUGGGGGAGAGAGAAACAUUUUCAUCUCAGAUGAUGAAGCUAUUUACAAGCCAAAAUUGGAAACCAGAUCUGGGUGGAAUUCAUAAAUUUGAAAAACAAGAUGACAAAGAAUUCACUUAGUGAGACAGUAUAUAUGAUUAUUUUGUUUGCCACAAUAGACCAUAGGAAAUGUUACAUUCACCAAAGCUGCCACUAUCUAGAGAGGAACUCUAUCCCAUAUCCCUAGACUGCACCCUGGAAGCUUAACUAAGCUCCUGGACUCUAUAGUGAGCUUUUAGCUCAGGCAUCCCCAAACUUCGGCCCUCCAGAUGUUUGGGACUACAAUUCCCAUCUUCCCCAACCACUGAUCCAGUUAGCUAGGGAUCAUGGGAGUUGUAGGCCAAAACAUCUGGAGGGCCGCAGUUUGGGGAUGCCUGUUUUAGCUAAUGCUAAUCAUAGUGAAGUGUUGCCAUGGCCCAUGCAAGGCUAGGAAUUAUUUUUGUAACGAGCCCAAAUCUAGGACCUAUGGGACAAAUGGAAGCGUUGCCGUUCCUUUAAGUGCAUUCUAGCCUAGUGACUUUGUAUUAAUAGGUUGUGUGGCAAAACUUAAGGUGGGUGCCUGUAUCAUGAAAUUGCAUAGGGAAACGCUGUACGUCUGAAUAACUGUACCAGCCUCCAUACUGCUUAUAUUAGAGAUUGUUUAGUGGAGAGGGGGGGAAAUAUUAGAAACAGUGCAUCCAGUGAUUGCUUCUGCUUAGAACAUUCACGCGAGUUAAAUGUGUGUAGUUUGAUGGUUUGUUAUAGCUACUUGAAGUAUAGUAAAUGGAUAUUUAACAGGAAAGACUGAUACAGCUACAGGCUGUAUAGUAAAAGGGUAACUUGCCUGUGUACCUAAUCAAAUCAGUAUUGUCCUUGACUGUCAGUUUGAUAGAUUGCAGUGCUGGUAGCUUCCUGCUUGUUGACUGUUACCUAAUUGUGUCAAUGUACAUCUGUAGUAUGUACAUGUGAAAGUGCCUUUACAUUUUUAGAGGAGCUUUAACUUUGCUCUUGUAUUGUUGCAGUUCCAUUUCAUGUUCCGCUGCAUUCCCAUUGCAUUCCUUCCAUUCUCAGACAACAGGAGAGUUACAAUUGCACAGUCUUAAAAGAAGAAAAUGUACUGUUAAGCUGUUGUGACAAUGCACUUUUAUGUAUAGUACUGUACAUUUUGGCAUGUACCAUUACAGGCUUCAAUAUACAUUCAGAUUUGUUUCUCAUAGUGUAACUUUAUAUAAUAAAUAAGGGUAGUUUUGUCUG